AUGCUCUGGAAAUCCCGAACCAAGACGGACAUUUUGCAGGACCGGGCCGACGGCCUCAGCGGCUCCUCGCCGAGCGGCCGCCUCUCCCAGCUCUCCUCCCUGAACCAGGCCGCCUAUUCCUCGGCCCCCCCGCUGUGCCACACCCCGGCCUCCGACUUCCAGCCUCCCUACUUCCCUCCCCCUUACUCCCAGUCCUCCCUGCCAUACUCCCAGAGCCAGGACUCGGCCUACUCCCACCUGUCAGACCCUUACACCUCCAUCAACUCGCUCCACCAGCACCAGCAGGCGGCGUGGCACUCGCAGAGGUCGCGCGUCGACGAUGGGGGUCUCCUGUCCGGGUCCCACCGGGCGCUCAGCCUCGACCACCGGCGGGAGUACGCCGCCGUGCCCCGGCUGCUCCACGGGCUCGGGGAGGGGGCUGCGGCCCUGGGGGAGGGUCCCCUCGGGAUGCACCUGGGACACCACGGCCUGGACGAUCUGCAGGGAAUGGAGGAAGGAUCAGCCCUGGGCAUCCUCGACCACUCUGUCAUUAAAAAAGUUCCCAUCCCACACAAGCUGAACGGCUCGUCCCUCUCGGUCCUCUCCAUGGGGAAGGACGGCCUCGGCAUCGGGCUGGUGUCCAACCCGGCCGAGGUCUUCUGCUCGGUGCCCGGUCGCCUGUCGCUGCUCAGCUCCACCUCCAAGUACAAGGUGACGGUCGGGGAGGUGCAGCGGCGCCUGUCCCCCCCCGAGUGCCUCAACGCCUCCCUGCUGGGUGGAGUCCUCCGCAGGGCAAAGUCAAAGAAUGGUGGCCGCUGUCUGAGAGAGCGUCUGGAGAAGAUUGGCCUCAACCUGCCCGCCGGGCGACGCAAGGCAGCCAACGUCACUCUGCUAACAUCUCUAGUGGAGGGUGAGGCCGUCCAUCUGGCGCGGGACUUCGGCUACGUGUGUGAGACAGAGUUUCCAGCCCGAGCCACAGCUGAGUACCUGUGCAGGCAGAGUGAGCCCGAGCAGCUCCCAACACGGCGCAGCAUGCUACUCGCCACCAAGGAGGUGUGUAAGGAGUUCGUGGACCUCAUGUCCCAGGACCGCUCCCCGCUGGGCGGCAGCCGACCCAACCCGUGUCUGGAGCCCAGCGUCCAGGGAAGCCUCACCCACUUCAGCCUGCUCACCCACGGCUUCGGGGCGCCCGCCAUCUGCGCCGCGCUCUCCGCCUUCCAGAGCUACCUGAUGGAGGCCAUCAAAAUGCUGGACAAGGGCGAGGGCGGCGGGAAGAGCCACCACGACAAGGAGAUGAAGCACCGCAAAUAG